GUUAACUCCAUCGUUUGAUUUUUCGUGCAAAGUUAAAACGGGAAACUGAUGUUGACUUACAAUGAAGAAUGACAAUGUGUUAGUGAUACAGGGAGAUGACGCAAUGGAUGGUGGGAGACCAGCACGUGUUUCUCGUCCCCAUAGAAUAAGCGAAUCUUCCAAGGUGUAUCGCUGGUCUGACCAGGCCAGCUGCCUUCUGCAGGGCUUGAAUGAGCAGAGGCAGAGCGGUCAGCUUUGUGACGUGGUGUUGGUGGCUGAUGACCAGCGGAUUCCUGCACACCGAGCUCUACUGGCUGUGUCCAGUCCAUACUUCCAGGCCAUGUUCACGCUGGGCAUGCGUGAGGAGCGGCAGUUUGAGGUGGAGCUUGUCGGGGUGUCGUACGUGGGCGUGAAAGCUGUAGUGGACUUCCUGUACAGCGGCGAGCUACCUCUGGAUGGCGGGAAUAUCGAUUACGUGCUGGAGACGGCUCACCUGCUUCAGGUGUGGAGGAUCGUGGACUUCUGUUGUCAGUAUUUGGAGAACGAAGUAAGCGAGGAGAACUACCUGUACCUCCAGGAACUGGCCUUGUUGUACAGUCUGGAAAGGUUGGAUAGCUUCAUCGACCGUUUCAUCCUGGAGCGUUUUGCCACGCUGUCUUUCACGCCCGAGUUUUUGAGGGACAUGCGUCUGAGUAAGCUGAACGCUUACCUGGCGGACGAACAGGUGCAGCAUGACAACGAACAGGCCCUGCUCCAGGCCACGCUCCAGUGGCUGAGCCAACGGUCCGAACGCGCUGCGUUCGCCCACCAGCUCCUCUCGCACAUCCGUUUCCCCCUCAUCCCGCCGGCUGACGUCCUGGAGCGGGUGCUGCCCGCCCUGCGCUCUCUGCUGCCCCCGGAGGCCGGAUGCGAGGCUCUCGUCGAAGAGGCAGUGGGUUACCACGCCCACGUCAGCGCUCAGCCCUUGCUACAGACGCGGCGAUCUGGGCUCCGGGGGGGCGUGGAGCGCCUCCUGCUGGUCGGAGGAGAAGUGUCAGAGCGCGGAGAGGAGCUUAGCGCGGAGGUGUGCUGGUUAGAUGAGGAGACAGGAGCGUGGGUGGUAGAGACUCAGCUCCCAGCACAGAGGAGCCACCACUGUGUAGCGGUGCUGGGGGGUUUCAUCUUCACGGCCGGGGGCAGCUCAUCACGGGACAAUGGUGGGGAUGCUGCCAGUAACCUGCUGUAUCGUUAUGACCCCCGCAACAACCUGUGGGUUAAGGGUGCCCCAAUGAACCAGCGGCGUGUUGAUUUUUACCUGGGGGCGAUUGGCCAGUGUCUGGUUGCUGUGGGGGGGCGUAACGAUAGUGGGGCGCUGUCGUCUGUGGAGAUGUAUCAUCCCUCGGAGGACUACUGGACAUAUGUGGCGGGACUACCCAGAUUUACUUAUGGCCAUGCUGGGACUGUACACAAAGAGGUGAUCUACAUUUCGGGAGGACACGAUUACCAGAUUGGGCCGUACCGCCGUGAUGUUCUGAGUUACGACCCGAAGUACGGUGACACAUGGAUGGAGUGCCAAGCCAUGACCCUGGCACGAGGUUGGCACUGCAUGGCAUCACUCCAGGACCGAAUCUAUGCCAUUGGAGGGAGUGACGACCAUGAGGAGAGCAUGGAGCGCUUUGACAUCCUGAGUGUGGAGGCUUUUAACCCCCAAACUAGCCAGUGGACCACUAUCGCCCCCCUCUUACAGCCAAACAGCGAAGCCGGCGUGGGGGUGUGGGGGGAUAAAAUUUAUGUUUUGGGCGGGUACAGCUGGGAAAACAUGAGUUUCUCUCGGGGAACGCAGGUGUUUGACCCUCAGAAGGGACAAUGGGGGCGUGGACCAGAUUUACCCAAACACAUUGCGGGGGCCUCGGUCUGCGUUUGCCCGGUCCGACCGAAACCCAGCGACUCGGAGAGAAAGAGAACCGGACACAAGGGCAGUGAGAAGCAGUACUCAACUCAAAGUCAAGACAGGUGACCAUAAAAGAAUACCUGAAGAGUACAUGAAUUGGCGUUCUUGGAAAC